AGUAAAAUUAUGAGAUGUAGAUGUAAUCUUCAAGUUCUGAAUGAUCAUUCAGAAUGUGGAUGGUGUGAUGAUGAAUGUUGUAACAAAAGAACAUUAGCAAGAUAUGAUGAUCAAUCAGGUCCAUUUGAGUAUGGCACGUAUAAAACAAAAUCACAAAAUAAAGUUGGAAAUAAUCAGUUUUCUUCUCAAAAAAAUAAGAGAACUAUUGCUGCAACAGAAAUUAUGAAUGAUUUAAUGAGUGGAAAUAUUAAUGGAGAUGAAGCAUUCAUUCGAUGUAUUCUGGAACGUCCACAAUUAAUUUUAAAUAAUCCAAAUCCUAUUUACACAGCUGAGCAAGCAAUAAACAAUAUUAAAAACAAGAAAAUAAUUCAAGAACGAUGUUGGAAAAGUUGUAAUAUAUUUAUUUUUGGAACACCACGAACAGGAAAGUCUCAUCUUUUGGAUAUUUUAUUUCCAAAUGCAUACAAAAAAGUUGCAGAAGAGACAAAGUGGUGGGAAAAUUUUAACGAACAUGAAGAAGUGAUAAUCAAUGAAUUUGAGGGAGAUUAUAUGAAGUGGAAAGAAUUAUUAAAUAUAUUAGAUCGUGGAAAAUACACAGUUCAAAUUAAAGGAUCAAGCAAAAAUUAUGCACCAAAAAUUCAAUGUUUUACUUCAAAUACUCCAUUACACGAAUUAUAUAAUUACGCAGAAAAUCAAAAAUACUUAUUUGAUUUAAAGGGAAACAAAAAGAACAAUAGAAAAUAUUAUGCAUCAUUAAUUGAUAGAUUUGAUUUUGUGAUUGAAUAUUAUAAAUUUAGACGAGAUGAAAAAAAAGUUUGUGAAAGUGAGUGCUAUUGUUGUAAAGUGAUGAGAAUUUUUCAUCACGGAUCUAAAGAAAAAUUUAACAAUCAAGAAUUUGAAAUUGAAUUUAACGAAGAUGUUUCAAAAGAAAAAGCAAUUUCAAUUAUAGAAGAAAAGGAUGGAUUGUUUUUUAGAAAAGGAAAAAGAUUUUAUUGGCGGCCACAAAUUAAUUAUGAUAGAACAAAAUUUAUUCUUUCAGAUCAUGAAAAAUUUGAAGAAAAAGAAACUGAUUUAAUCAUUUAUCCUGAAAUUGUCGAAAAGUUAAAGAACAAAAACAAUUUACAAGAUAUUGAAAUUAUUGAUCAUAAGCAGUAUUUAAAAAGAAAAAAAGAAUCUAAAGAAUCUGAAGAGAAAAAAAAUAUUGAAUAUAAAUCAGCAAAAAAUAAAGAAGUUAAUACAGAUGUAGAAAUUUGGGAUCCACAAAUCGAGUCGAGCACAUCUCAAAUUAAAGUUCAAGAAGAAGAAUCAAGUGAAGAAGAUUUAUCAGAUAUUGAUUCUGAUGAUUUAGAUUAUACAUGUAGAAAAAAAAAAGGCAAAGCAGUUGUUGAUUCUGUUAAUAAAAAUUUAAUAGCAGAAAAAGAAUUAACAGAUAUUGAACAAGCUAGAAUUCAGUCAAAUUACAUAGAAUUAAGCAAAUCAAAAGAUCUAGAAGAAUUUUUGUCAGAAUCAGAAUUGUACGAAACAGAUAUUGAGCUUGAUAUCUCUGAAGAUAAACCAAAAAAUACCAAGAAACGCAAGCUAAUUAAUGAUGAUGCUUCUAAAGAUUUUAAACAAAAAAACAAGGAUAAUCCAGAAUUUAAACGGUUAAAAG